UUUUAAUUUUUACAAACACCACGAGGGCAGUUAAUCACCAACGAUAAGGUAUCUGAAUGACACGUUUCACCACAUGUCAAUCGAAGAAUUACUGUUACCGCAUCCCAAAGUGCCUUCUUUUAUAUCUCAACAACAUUUACGGUUUUACUAACGAAGAAAAAUGGCACCGAGAAAACCAAAGGUGGUUUCCGUGACGAAGAAGAAGAAAGUUGUGGAGGAAACAGUCAAAGUUACUGUCACGGAAGGAGAAGAUCCGAAUGUGACCACAGAGAUCACAGAGAACGAUCAAGAGACGCAAGAUCUCACUUUCUCCAUCCCCGUCGGAGAAAACGUUACUACGGUUGAGAUCCCGGUGGAGGUUCCAGAAGAACGGUCACCUCAGCCGCCGGAAACUCCCGCAUCCACGAGUGAAGGCACCGUGAAGAAGAAGACUAAUAAGGCUGAGGAGAAGAAGAAGAAGAAGAAGAAAAAGAAGAAGAGAGAUGAUUUGGCGGGUGAUGAGUAUAGGAGAUAUGUGUAUAAGGUGUUGAAGCAGGUGCAUCCUGAGUUAGGGAUAACGUCGAAAGCCAUGACGGUGGUGAACAUGUUCAUGGGAGAUAUGUUCGAAAGGAUAGCGCAGGAGGCGGCGAGGUUAGGCGAUUAUACUAAGCGGAGGACCUUGUCGUCAAGGGAGAUCGAAGCAGCUGUUAGGCUGGUUCUGCCUGGUGAGCUUAGCCGCCAUGCCGUCGCUGAAGGCUCUAAAGCUAUUAGUAACUAUGUUGCUUAUGAUAGUAGGAAACGUUAGUUUUGAUUCUCUAAUCGUUGUAUCUUUUUCUUGUAAUGUUUUUUCCAACGUUGACUGUUAGGGGAAGGUUUAACUUGUAGGGUAUGGUUUCUUUAGUUUUCAUGUUCUCCGUUCUGUAAAAUAUUUGUUGUCGUCAAAAAAGAAGAUCUACGUACUUGAUAAUUUGAA